CAAGUCAACCACCAUCUUUCUCCUAUUUUAAAUACCUCAAGCCGGAGUCAUUGCUUUUCAAACUUAGCUACAGACCCGAACCCCAGAGCUUCAGUACUUACCCACAGACAGGUUGUUGCUCAACUUGGUCCCAAGAGAGUACUUUUUACAUCUUUUCUGAAGUUUUGAAGCUGCAAACUUAAAGAUGGAGAAUGAGGAAGCCCCAUCAGCUCCUUCAACUCCUGUUACUCCAGGCACUCCAGGAGCUCCACUCUUUGGAGGUGGUCAUAGGGCAGAGAGAAGUCAUGGAAGGAAGUCACUUCUCAGGAACUGCUCUGGUUGCUUCACUGCGGAAGCUUGGUCCAUGGAAGGAGGAAUGGCCAGAUCUCUGUCUAGCUCAUUGCUUCACCCACCUGUUUCACUCGCAAGAAAGGUGGGAGCAGAAUUCAUUGGCACCCUCAUACUAGUAUUUGCUGGAACAGCCACACCCAUAGUGAACCAGAAGACUAAUGGAUCAGAGACGCUCCUUGGCCUUGCUGCCUCCACGGGCCUUGCCGUCAUGAUUGUGAUACUCGCGACAGGCCACAUCUCUGGAGCCCAUCUCAACCCGGCUGUCACCAUUUCUUUUGCAGCACUCAAGCACUUCCCAUGGAAACAUGUGCCUGUUUACAUUGGAACACAGGCAGCAGCCUCGCUGUGUGCGGCGUUUGCGCUGAAAGGGAUAUUUCACCCUGUAAUGGGCGGCGGAGUGACUGUUCCUUCUGCGGGUGUUAGUGAUGGUCAAGCUUUUGCUCUGGAGUUCAUCAUCAGCUUCAAUCUCAUGUUGGUUGUGACAGCAGUGGCCACGGACACUAGAGCUGUCGGAGAGUUGGCAGGAAUCGCAGUGGGAGCUACAGUUAUGCUCAACAUCCUCAUCGCCGGGCCAACCACAGGAGCUUCAAUGAAUCCAGUAAGGACAUUGGGACCGGCCAUAGCAGCAGGAAACUACAGAGCCAUCUGGAUUUACCUCACUGCUCCCAUUCUCGGCGCGCUUUGUGGAGCUGGAAUAUACACUGCUGUCAAGUUGCCAGAUGAUGAAGGAAACAACCACGAAAAGCCUUCGAUUUUUGCGUAG